AUGAAAAGUACAGCUGACUCUCCUGUUUCUGUCGAUCUCGGUAAAAAAUCUGUUUUGGUUGUUGAUAAGGUAAUUGGCGUAGUGAAUGGUUUUGCUGUUCCUGUUGUUCUUCGGUCAACCGGUGCAGUGCUUAACGACGCAUUCGUCGCUAUUGUCGUUGGUCCAUCUGAUGCUAUGUUUGUCGUUGGUUCAACUGUUGUACUUCUGGGUGCAGCUGUAAUCACUAGCAAACAACCUGAAGCAUCAGAAGUUGUUGAAAAAGGUGAAGCUGACUUUGUUGUUACUUCUGAAAAUGGCAAAAAAUCUGUUUCGGUUGUUGAUAGGUCUUUAGUAAAUGGUUUCGCUGUUGGUGUUGUGCUUCGGACAAUCGUUGCAUUGCUUAAUGACUCAAACGUCACCAUUGUCGUUUGUCCAUCUGAUGCUAUUUUUUUCGUUCCUUCUUCAGCAACACCGGGAGCAACCGUAGUCAUUAGCAAAGCGGUUGCUAUGACUGAAAUUUUCAGAAUGUUAAAAGUGAUGCAGUACAUAGUGAAUGUAGAUUAG